UUUGACCCCAGCCCACCCCCAGCCCCCCCUCUGAAAACCCUUCUCUUCUCCACUUCUUCUUCCUCUCCCGACCUCACUCUCGCUCUCUCUCACCCUCGCCGCCUCUCGCUCUCUGCCUCCUCUCUCUUUCUCGUCCGGCGUCUGCUCGCGCUGGCCCUCGCUCUCUGCAUCUCUCUUGCUCGCGCUCGCCCUCGGCCCCUCGCUCUCUUCAUCUCUCUUGCUAGCGCUCGCCCUCGGCCCCUCUUGCUCUCGCCUGUCGCUUGCCCUCGCUCUCUGCCUCUCUUGCUCUCGCUCGCCCUUUUCUCUUGCUCUCGCUCGACCUUUCUCGCUCUCGCCGGCCCUAGCUUUUGCGACGCUGCCUCUCGGGUCUCGGCUCUCGGCGUCUCGCCCUCUUGCUCGCCCCGACGCCCUCUGCUCUGCCUCUCGGCCUUGCCCUUGCUCGCUGCCUUGCUUCAUUCGAUUGAGAGCUAGUCUCACUCGGUUGAAUUAGGGCUCUGGAACAUCCAUUGAGACGAUGGCACGUUUUUGUAAUAAGAAGAAGAAGGCAUUUGUAAAGCCAGUUGUGAAGAGGAAGCAGACAAGUGUUGAUCAGAUCACAGGUGAGAAAAUCCCAAAAAGCUUUGUCUUUUCAAGGGGGAAGUUGCCCGGUUCUCUUAGACAAUUGCAGAUUGACUUGAGAAAGUUGAUGCUUCCGUUUACAGCCCUUAAGCUUAAGGAAAAGAAAAGAAACAAUCUCAAAGACUUCCUGAACAUUGCAGGACCGAUGGGUGUUACACAUUUCCUCAUGUUAUCAAAGACUGAAACGGCACCUUACUUGAAGGUUGCCAGGACUCCACAAGGGCCAACACUAACAUUUAAAAUAAAUGAGUACUCAUUGGCAGUUGAUAUUGCUCAAUCUCAAGUGCGCCCUAGAUGUCCUCAAGAUCUUUUCAAGAACUCACCCUUGAUUGUUCUUUCUGGUUUUGGAACUGGAGAACAACACCUGAAGCUCACAACUGUUAUGUUUCAGAACAUCUUUCCAGCCAUUGAUAUCAACACAGUCAACCUUUCUUCAUGCCAGAGAAUUGUGUUGCUAAAUUAUAAUAAAGAGACAAAGUUGAUUGACUUUCGGCAUUAUUCGAUCCGUUUGCAACCUGUUGGUGUCUCACGGAGAAUCAGAAAGUUUGUGCAGAACCAUCAAGUGCCUGACUUAAGAAGUCUUCAAGACGUGAGUGACUUUGUUACCAAGGCUGGUUACGGAUCAGAAAGUGAAGCAGAUGAUGAGGCAGCAACUGUAAGUCUAGCAAGUGAUCUUGGUAGAGUAAAUCGAGCUUCCACUAAAAGUGCUGUCAAGCUUCAGGAGAUUGGACCCAGGAUGACUCUUCAGCUCAUCAAGAUUGAAGAAGGAUUGUGUGCUGGUGGAGUUAUAUUUAGUGAAUACGGAAAUCAUGCCGAGAAAAACCAGGCAAUAGAGGAAGAGGAAGACUUAGAAGAAGAAGGAGCAGAAGGGGAAGGGGAAGAGCAGGAAGAUAUGGUAGAAGAUUAGCUUCCAGCAAUUUUAUUUGGUGAUGGGACUUAGGAGGCAGUCCAACUCUUGAGUGUUGGAACAAUUUUCUCUUAUGUUUCCUUUUUUGUUUGCAUUUUAAAGGAAAAUGAGGUAUAGGUUUAAUCCUAAGAAAAGUACUACUUUUUUCAAAGUAUCUUGCUUUAAAUUUUCUUUGGUAGUAGAACUUGGCCUUUCUGCAAGGAAUUUUACGACUGCCCUCCCAGGGGUUUACUGUUGAUUCAACCAGUGAGAUUGUAUCCCCAGGAGCGAAAGAAACCAACUCUGUGGUGUAUUUAAGGCAUUCUGAGAUGCUACAAGCAAGUUUUCAGUUACACCUAAUUUCCAUAAAUGAAGUCUCUUCAUAGAAUUGCCGAGUUUGGUUACUGGCAAAUCAGUUUUAUCUCCUUAAUGGGUGCUUGUAGUAAUAUGUACUAGAUACCUAGAUCUUGAAAUGAUUUCUUCUUCCUUGGCUUAUAAACCCACUCGCUCCCCUAUGUAAGUUAAUUCUGUGUUCAAUUUCCAAUCAUAUCAAGAGUGAGGAUGCUCUUUCUGAAACA